AUGAACGACUAUACCGCCGGCGUCAAAGACGGCACCCCCCUGCGCGUCCAUCGCCGAGCCAUUUGGGCCCACGCCUGCGAGGGUGAUCGCUGCAACAAGCUGUCGGUUGACGAGCUGAAGAAGACCGCCGUCGAUAUGAAGGCCGAGGACGCCAAGGACGCCAAGGACGCCAAGAAGGCUAGUGGCUCGUCGAUCUCCGCCAUGUUCCCCGUCAUCGCCUUCCUCGUCGCCAAUAUGCCAGUUUUCUUC